AGCAGCAAAACGCUAGCAAAAUUUACACGAAAAGGAUUAAAAGUUUGUGAAUUUUGCUGACUUGCCGACCCAAUAGUAUAAGUUCCUGUGCUCAGUGUUUAUUGUGUCUGUGCGGAAAAUCGUACCUUUUAUCACCAUCUAGCAUAUCCAUCUAUUUUCCCCCUGCAUACGGGAGAAAAAAGCAGCAGUGACCACAAGAAAGCAAUAGCAAAAAUGUCGUUCGCGGAAAGAUUAACUACCCUUAUGGCCCGUCCCGGCCAGGACAAUGUGCCGCGGGAUGAUGUACCGUGGCAUCUGAAGUACGGUGGACGAGCGGCGGGAAUCGUCGGUGGAUUCUUUGCCGUCCUGUUCGGGCUGUACAACUGCAUCGGAAUACUGGUCGCUAACGUUGGAUGCCUGGUCGGUGGCAUCCUGCAGAUAUUGGCCGGGUUUGUGGUGCUAGCGAUAGAAGCACCAUGUUGCUUCAUAUUUAUAGACUUUGUGCAACAGGCGGCCGAGAAGGCAGACCAGCGACCGUACUGGAACCGGGCGGCCUUGUACUGCAUAAUUGCUAUUCCGCCGGUGAUUUUGUGCUUUGGAUUGGGAAGCCUGUUCGGAUGUGGGCUCAUAUUUGUUACCGGCAUGCUGUACGGUAUGAUGGCACUUGGCAAAAAAGGAUCUCGUGAGGAUAUGGCAGCAAUGGCUUCCCCGAACGCGAUGUCCCCGGUGCAGGGCGUACCUUCAACGGACCAACACUCCACCCUGAUGGAGGAUCCCGAUGUAUGGCGUCCAACUUAAAUAGUUCGCUAAAAUAAUGCAACAACCAAACCAUAAUUAUCAUAAACAUGCUUCAACAAUUUUCCCGCUCCUUCAUCACAUGCGGUUACGUUAAAUUGCAAACGAAACAUACCACAUUCCUAGAUGUCUAGUACAACACUCGUUUUUCUCCCUUUUACGGCUCGAAUAAUAAUGAAUACCUCCUUCCAAACAAACCAAAACAUUCAUCGAUUCCCAUCGUUGUCGUCAUCCUUCGUCGUAAACGUAAAUUGAAAGCAAAUCCCUUUUCCAUAUAUGCGAACCAAAGAGUCAGUAAAACAAGAAAACAAAAACAAAAGAAAAGCAGAAACAUAGAUAAGAGAACCUUUCCUAAACUAAACGAACAUACGCGUCACACUCGAGCUCAAACAUACAAAACACACAAGGGAUGGUGUUUCGAUAGCUAAUCUUUAAAAGAAACUUUAAAUUGCUCUUGUUAUUACAAUAUACGUAAAUGUGUAUCAUUUUGUAUGUGUUAAAGUUAAUCAAGUAGCAGUUAUCAUUCUUGCGAACAAAUACCGGAUAACGCACAGAUCGAGAAAGCUGUAGAACCGGAAUGGAAAUUAGAUAAUUAAAUGGUUUUGUUAUAUGUUUAGCUUUUGUUGCACUAGGUAAUAUGGUGGUUUUUGGUCCGAAACAAAUACGAGAGCACGUACGUUACUUGUUUUUACUUUUCAAUCGUUUGUACGUACGUUAGAAUGUUUUUUGCAAAGUGUAGUCUUAUGAAAUACCUCCCUCAAUAGAAUUAUGUUACUAGCGGAAAUAGCGCUUAUAAUGGUCAGGACGGCAAUGAAUCGAGAUCAAUCCGGUAGUUCUUUUAAUUCGCUGAUACAUCAGCGAAACAAACACACACAUACACAUACAUACGUUAUCGUACACUAAGGACACUUAACACUUUACUGAGAAGAAGAGAGGCGGCCAUCGCUAUAUCCGCCAGAUGUUGAUAAUCGGGAAGCAUAUAGAAUAUCGUUCAUCAUAUUUAAUAGAAGAAGAAAUAAUAGUUCGUAGGGACAGUGAAAUAUGCGAGAACAUCUGCUCCAUAAAAGGCAUACAGUGUUGAAAUGAAUCAAUCAUAAACCUUUGUACAACCGGUAAGCUUUUCCGUGUUUGUCGCUACUGAAUGUUGCUAAUUGUCGUGAGUGUAAUAUGUCUGCAACUGCUGUUGCACUACGUUACAGUAUUGAUGUCCCUAGUACCGAAUGAAGAUCUUUGAUUUGAUCGUAGUUCUUCGUUAAUGGUCUGUUUUUGAUAAGAAAAUGAAAAAUCUUCAAAGCAGUCAAUCGCGUCAAGAAAACAUUUGUUCAGGUCUGCUAAAUAUAGCGAUUACUCGACAAGCUACCACACUCCUAGCUAAACAAGAAGGUCAUCACCACGACCCUCGCGCGAAAAGCGCGAAGAAGCUUUCUGCGUCUGUACAAAGCUCAGCUAUUUGUCCAUAUACAGCAUAAACCCACCAAAGCAGCUAAGGAAGGAGGGAGGAAGAAUAGUAGCAAAACCAAACCGUUAACGAUAAGGAGUUUGUGUCGCGUGUGUUCAACAAACGAGAUCGAUAAUAAAUGUGCGCUCUUGCGUGCACAUACGCACAUACGCACGCAAAAUCACUCAUAAAUAUAUACAAGAAAUGAACUUGCGCUUUGUAGGAGUAGUAGACAAAUCAGGCGAUUUGCAAUGGACGCAAAUAAGGAUGCGUGGAUGGACGGUUCAAUUAAUAGAUGCCGAGACGGAGACAUGUCACUUCUCGAUCUAAGAUGAUCUCAAACUCCCUCGCCCUACGGUCGGUCGUAAGACGUACGUACAUCACUCAAGGACAAGCGUAUGUGAAGGAACUAAGCAAUAAUAUAGUCAAUGUAUUACUCGAAUCUUGUAAAGGGACUUCCUUGGUUUAGAGUUGCACAUUUUGGUUCUAUCUUUAUGUAUUUACGUUUCUGUUGUUUUGGACUCAUUUGAGGCGCACUUUACAUCUGUAAAACAUCCUUUAAAUUGCUUCCAUCUCCUUUUUGCGACAAAAUGCCAUUUAGUGAAUGAGCCAUUUGGUAAUUAAGUUUAUUGUAGUCUUAAUGUAGCAGUCUAUUCUUCAAGUGCUUAUAUUAACUCCUCUGUUUUGGAUAUCGAUACGUUCCGAUGCUAGUUAUCAUUAUGCUAUGUUAUCAUUUUAAUUGUAGGAGUGUUUUUUUUAAGUGUUUUAUUUUCUUUAGUUCUUGAUUUCGGCACUUUCCUUU